AUGGCAGACACGGAUGUGGUCACAACCAUCGAGGCGACAUCGGUCGGCCUCAAGAAAAUCGCAUCAGGCAAAGUCCGCGAGAUCUUCGAGGUGGAUGAGAACACUCUCCUUUUCGUCGCCACCGAUCGCAUUUCCGCAUACGAUGUGAUUCUCGAGAACGGCAUUCCCGCCAAAGGCGCCCUCCUCACCCAACUCUCAGCCCACUGGUUCUCUCUCAUCAAAUCGCGCUUCCCGGAUCUUCAAACCCACCUCAUCUCAACAUCUCUCCCCCCAACAGUCUCGAAGAAUGUCUCUUCUCAACUCGAGUCCCGCAGCAUGCAAGUCCGCCGCAUUCCGGUCAUUCCACUCGAGUCUAUCGUUCGCGGAUAUAUCACUGGUAGCGCGUGGUCGGAGUACAAGAAGUCUGGUACCGUGCAUGGAAUGCCUAUGCCUGAAGGUCUGAAGGAGAGUCAGAAGCUUGAGAAGCCCAUGUGGACUCCUUCGACUAAAGCUGAGCAAGGAGAACAUGACGAGAAUAUCUCGCGAAGCAAGGCUGUGGAGAUUGUGGGUGAAGAGGUUGCUGCCAAGGUUGAGGCGGCGAGUUUGAAGAUUUACGAGAUGGCCCGCGACUAUGCUGAUGCGCGUGGUAUCAUCAUCGCCGACACCAAGUUCGAGUUCGGUCUCGAUCCCUCUACCCACGAGAUCGUCCUCAUCGAUGAGGUGCUCACACCCGACAGCUCGCGGUUCUGGCCAAAGGAUCAAUACGAAGUCGGCAAGGGUCAAGCAAGCUACGACAAGCAGUACCUUCGAGACUGGCUUACCGCUUCAGGACUCAAGGGCAAGCAGGGUGUCAGUAUGCCGCCAGAAGUGGUUGACGAGACUGCGAAGAAGUAUCGCGAGGCUUACGAGAAGCUGACUGGAAAGGCUUGGGUGUAG